GGCUAAAGGAUCAAAAAUUGUAGAAUCUCAUAAUGACAAUGCAAGCGAAAAAGCAUAAAAGCACCAAACCGGAACAAUCUGCCCAACCCAAGAAAAGGACCUAUGACCUUCAUCACUUUCUUGAUCCACCACACCCCCUAAAGUCAUCAGAUGCAAAUUUAAAGCACAGAUCACAAAGGGUUUCCGUUCACUCUCCCAACUCCACUGAAGAUCGUCUCGACAUGGCCACGGCAGCUCCUGUCGCGAUCGGUACACGGGGCACGGUGGGCUCGCUCGUGAGAAAGGAAAUCGAGUACUUCAGCAAGGUCCACAGUAGUAGUUCGCCGGCGGAAGAGGCUGCUUCGAGGAGGGGCCAUUUCAGGCUCGGUUUUCGGUUCUUCGCGGCGUCGUGGAGGAGGAAGAAGCGGCUCGUGCCGAGGAUAUGCUCUGUCGUGGAAGUCGCGGAGCGGAACUACGGGGUUAGGAGUGAAAUCCCAGGUUUCAAUUACAGGGUCCUUAAGGAUGAGUUUUAAGGAGACAAGAGAGUGCCAAACUCGGGAUGCUGAGCCCUUAUAGAUCAUCAAGCUGCGAGCGAGUACAAAGAAAGCCACCAUGGCUUUGUUCUUUGGGGUAUUCAAUUUGGAUUUUCUGAUCCCAAACCGUUCUUCUUGUCUUCCUCUAUUUCAGAAAGUCAUCAGUUCAUUCACAUGACGUUAGUAGGAUCUUGCUGAUUGUAUAGCUAUUUUACAGAUACUUUGCUUUGUUUUCUAUAGUGUCGACCGCCCGGAUCGAGAUUGCUUCUCUCAAGACUUGAUUCGAUUCGAUUCAGUACUAGCCUUCGAUCCUAUCGGUCGAUCCAGUGGUUGGUGUUUAUGGCUGUGACAUUAGAAUAUCAACAUGAUAAGAGCUUGUGGUGCGUCUUAUUUACGUAA